CAUUAGGAACCGCAUUACUUCAAAGGUAUCAGUUUGCCGCACAUGACGCCCUUGUCCUUUCGCUCUGACACACUUCAAAUCUGAAGAAGUUUUUGAGAUCUCCUUUUACCAUGGCGACCAAGCUGCAAAAUCUUCUCCCGCUCUUUCUUAUUUUGAUGGUGAUGUUGUCUGCUAACGCAGAGUAUCACUGUGGUAGGGAACAAUCUUGUUACAUGUUACCAGCUGAAUGCGCGUAUGGGACGUGUGACUAUGAAGUUGUCUGGAGCCUGAAUAAUGAUGCGACUAAGCUCAACCUGAAAAUAGCUGCUACUACGACAGGCUGGGUCGCUGUAGGCUUCUCAGACGAUCGACAAAUGGGAGAUGACCAUGUUCUUAUGUGCAUGAAGACUGGGAACGCAACUGCCAAGUUUGAGCAUCGUUACAACAGAGGAAGGACAAAUGUUGCACAGGAAACGAACGAUGGGAUAACUGUGGAAGAGAUCAACUACUCCGAAGGCAAAGUGAGCUGUCGUCUAGAACGUAACGUCAGUGUCAUGACUGGAGGGAAGGUAUUUGACGUGACUCAAACCGAUUACUACAUGUUCUUCGCAAGAGGACCACUGGUCGACGGCGUGCCUGUACAACACGACGAUAUUCCCCCAGUCACAAUGACGAAGGUGCAUUUUGCUGACAUUGAGAUUGUGGAUGCAGCAGCUCCAACUACCGGUGACGGCGACGGUAAUGGCGAUGGUGACGGUAACAGUGCCACUGUCAAACAAGCAGGUUACGUGGCUGUUAUGUUCAGUAUGCUGGUGGGAGUGAUUGCCUCCAAUAUGCAGUAGCUAUAUUAGGCUAAUGAUCACAAACAAAGUAUGAAACAAUGCUGGACGACUAUUAAAGCCAUUAUACACUUUCGGUACAGAACAAAAAAAUCACAGAUUUACAAAUAAUUUACAGGGUUUACAGAA